AUGGCGGCAGGAUCUAGCGACAGCAAAGGCGCGGUGUUCUUAGAAUCAGAGAUCGAGUUCAUAGCGGAGAACGAGCUCGUGUCCAUCGUGCCCAACUUCCGCGCCGACGCGCUGCACCUCCACGCCGGCGACAUUGGGCCGUUCAGGCCUCAGAUUGCCCUGCAGGUGCCGCUAUGGCUGGCCAUUGCUCUCAAAAAGCGCGCCAAGUGCUCCAUCCAACCGCCCCCGUGGCUUGCUGCAGAUCGGUUGACAGAGAUACUGGAGGCAGAGAGGGAGAACGAGGGCUUUCAACCAAUGCCGUUCCACUAUAUUGAGAUUUCCCAGCUGCUCUUCUCAGCAGAGAAGCAUGGCGUCGACAUUCCGGAUGCAUACAAGCUGCGUGCAUUGCUGCAGGACAUUCGAGACGUGCGGUUCAAUAAGAUACACCAGGGCCUCAAGAAACUCUCCUCUGCUACCAACGCUGUCAAGCUUGUGAAUCUGAGCGCCAUGGAGGCCAAUCUGGUGAGACCAUUCUUCUGCACUGCCCUCAAGGAGGUCAUGAAGAGAGAAGCGGCAGCACUGGCACAGCAGGAGCAGGAGCAAGCAGAGGGGCAGGGCCAACAGCCAGGGCAGAGCCAAGGAGCCAAUGAUUCAUAG